AUGCCUUACAACAUCGCCAUGGUGUCGGACUUCUUCUUUCCGCAACCAGGAGGCGUUGAAAGUCACAUCUACCAAUUAUCCAGCAAACUCAUCGAUCGUGGCCAUUCAGUCGUGAUAAUCACCCAUGCCUACGGAGAACCGCACCCGAAUAGAUGUGGAGUCCGAUACCUGACGAACCGACUGAAGGUGUACUCCCUCCCUCACUGGGUGGUGUACCGAUCGACGACCUUCCCGACCGUCUUCUCUUCCUUCCCAAUCCUGCGCCAGAUCUUCAUCCGGGAGAAUAUCCAGAUCGUGCACGGCCAUGCAUCACUCAGCAAUCUCUGUCACGAGGGAAUCCUGCAUGCCCGAACCAUGAGUCUGCAUACGGUCUUCACCGAUCACAGCCUUUUCGGCUUCAGUGAUGCCUCCAGCAUCAUCGCCAACAAGCUGCUGAAAUUCAGUCUCAGCGACGUAGAUCACGUUAUCUGCGUCAGCCACACCUGCAAAGAGAACACCACGCUUCGAGCGUCCCUCAAUCCAUUGGCAGUAUCAGUCAUCCCCAACGCCGUUGUCCCGAGCAACUUCCGACCGUUUCAGCCUCACGAAGCUAAGGCAUUCGAUUCGCAAAGCGACAAAGGAGCUCUGCUACCUCGCCCUCCCGAUCCAAGCCAGCCGACAGGUCCCGGAGACCCAAUCACGAUCAUCGUCAUCUCCAGAUUGUUUUACAACAAGGGCACUGAUCUGCUGAUCUCAGCACUACCGCUCCUUCUUCAGCUGCACCCGAAUUUAAGGUUCAUCAUCGCAGGUAGUGGUCCGAAAGCGAUUGACCUCGAGCAGACGUUGGACUCACUUCCGCAGCAGCUCGUAUAUACGCCGACUGGGCAGCCUAGAGUCGUUCUGCUGGGAAGCAUAAGGCACGAAGAAGUCCGCGAUGUGAUGGUACGAGGGCAUCUUCUUCUUUCCACAUCCCUCACCGAGGCUUUCGGAACAGUCCUGGUCGAGGCCGCAAGCUGUGGUUUGAUGGUCGUUGCUACACGAGUCGGUGGAGUUCCGGAAGUGCUACCCGGCAACAUGACCGUCUUCGUUCUUCCGGAGGUAGAAGAUGUCGUGCGCGGUGUGACAGAAGCUGUCGGCAUCCUGACCGGCCGCAAUGUUCGCAGAGACAAGUUCCACGACUUAGUCAAAAACAUGUACUCUUGGUCAGACAUCGCACGACGUACUGAGCGGGUCUACGAUCUCAUCACAGGUACACCACCCGCCAAAGAUAACGAAGGCUACUACGACGAGGAGUGGACGCAGUAUGGCCAGCCAGUGCAGAAUCCAUCCUUCGCUUUGAUGGACAGACUGAAGCGAUACUUUGGUUGUGGUGUCUGGGCUGGCAAGCUUUUCGUGAUCGUAGUCGUGGUGGACUACCUGAUCUACUGCUUGCUUGAGAUCAUGUAUCCUCGCGAACAGAUCGAUGUGUGCAAAGCGUGGCCAUUGGUCAAGAAUGAUGUGUUCGAGAGCGGCACCGAGAAUGGUCGACUGGAGCGCUACGACACUGUCAAAUCGAAGACACGACGCAGGAAGAGCAGCAAGGAUUUUGUGGAAGGCUGA